CUAGCCAAGUUUUGAAACUCUACCACGAUUUUAUCGCCGUCGCCGUCCAGUUGCGAGUCCGGAGGCGGAAAGAUGAAUGUGAUCGAACAGUUCAAAGCUACGACCCUAAGCCAUUCAAAAUUGGCCCCACAUUUCAUCGAGUUGAACCCAGUGGAAAAUGGACAAGUGCCGACGGAACAUUUGCAAAGCACCUCACGGCAACCGUUCGGUUCUUGCGACGUACACAAAACGAGCAUCCUGCAAUAUAGAGUGCUGGCGGAAGGCGAUGAUGUGAAAACGGUCUACGAGCUGGCCAUAAAGCUACCACCGAACAUGGAAGAGGAGUACUCGGCCGGAGAUACGAUCGGAAUACUAACGUACAAUUUACCCGGAGAAGUGGAUUACGUGCUGGAUCGGUUGCAUUUGCUGGCUUUAGCCGACACACCGUACGAGGUGAAGUUGACCAAGCCGAUCAAAAAGAAGAACCCCGAAUUGCCGCACUACGUGCCACGGUUUGUCACACCACGGCGCCUGCUGGCCGAGUGUCUCGACAUUCGCAUUACACCGCGCAAGGCACUGCUUCAAACGCUGGCCGGCUACACGGCCGAUGAGUGUGAGAAGCGAUUGCUGGAAAUUCUUGCCUCGAAGGAAGGCUCCAACCUGUACAAUGAGCUGAUCGUGAAGAACGAAAUGAACUUCCUGCACGUCCUGCGUUACGUCGCCAGCUGUCGACCACCGUUGGCCGUGCUGGUGGAACACUUGCCUCGGUUGCAGGCUCGCCCUUACUCGAUCGCCAGCUACGGUCGGGAGCACCAGUUUCGCGUCGUGUUUGCGAUGCUGAACGAGGGACGCGUGGGGCUCACGACACACAUGCUUGAAAGCAAACUGCUGCACCCGGGACGCUGGGACAAACAUCUGUACAUCUACUUGCGCCAAAUGUCGCCCAGCUUCCAGUACCGCGACGAGGAUCUUGAACGAAAUGUGAUCAUGAUUGGUCCUGGGACGGGACUGUCGCCAUAUUUGAGUUUUUUGGAAUUUCGGAAGAUGGCAAAGGCCACUAACGGUGGUAGCGGUGGCAACCGGAAGAUGAAAUUGGGAGCAGCUUGGUUGCUGACGAGCUGCCGGUAUCGCGACCGGAACUCAUUGUAUAACGAAGAACUGAAGCAGUACAUUCAGAGCGGUGUUCUGGACCAGCUACACGUGGCAUCGUCCCGCGAUACCGACAGUCGGUACAAGUUCGUGCAGGACAUCAUCGAAGACCGGAAGGAGGAAUUGAUAGAACUGCUGUUGGAGGAGAACACGAAACUCUACCUGUGUGGUGAGGGACGUACCAUGUUGCCCCGCAUUCAGGACACAAUUGUAACGUGUAUGAGUAAGGUUAAGGGUAUGCCCAAGACGGAAGCAGCCACUCUGCUGGGAGAGUAUAGGAAGGCAGGCAAAUAUUUGUACUAUUCCAUGAUACGGUAUUGAA